CCUCUUCCGCUUGUCGGCAGGUUCAAAAUGGCGGCCACCGCUGAGGGGUUUCUGCCGCCCGGGGGUCGAGGUCCCUGCUGAGCGAGCGUCGGAGCUUCUUCUCCUUCAGCCUGGAUCCGACGGGGGGUUGGGAAGGGCAGUGGACGGCGUUGGGAUUUGUAUAGAACUCUUCUGAACUUGGGGUGUUUCAUCACGUUUGCAACUGGGAUUUCAAACCUUUUAGAUUACUAUUACUGGACCAAAAAGAUGACAUCUAUUAUCAAAUUAACUACCCUGUCUGGGGUCCAAGAGGAGUCUGCUCUGUGCUAUCUUCUCCAGGUUGAUGAGUUUAGAUUUUUAUUGGACUGCGGCUGGGAUGAGCACUUUUCUCUGGAUAUUAUAGAUUCCCUAAGGAAGCAUGUUCACCAGAUUGACGCAGUGCUGCUGUCGCACCCAGACCCUCUCCAUCUCGGGGCCCUCCCUUAUGCUGUGGGAAAGUUGGGUCUGAACUGCGCUAUCUACGCAACCAUUCCUGUUUAUAAAAUGGGGCAGAUGUUCAUGUAUGAUCUUUAUCAGUCUCGACACAAUACAGAGGAUUUUACCCUCUUUACAUUAGAUGAUGUGGAUGCAGCCUUUGAUAAAAUACAGCAGCUAAAAUUCUCUCAAAUUGUGAAUUUGAAAGGUAAAGGACAUGGCUUGUCCAUUACACCUCUGCCAGCUGGGCAUAUGAUAGGUGGAACAAUAUGGAAGAUAGUGAAAGAUGGAGAAGAAGAAAUUGUUUAUGCAGUUGACUUCAACCACAAGAGGGAGAUCCACCUAAAUGGAUGUUCCCUGGAGAUGCUGAGCAGACCCUCUCUACUCAUCACAGACUCGUUCAACGCUACGUAUGUGCAGCCCAGAAGGAAGCAGAGAGAUGAGCAGCUUCUGACAAACGUCCUGGAAACCCUUCGAGCUGACGGAAAUGUGUUAAUAGCAGUGGAUACUGCAGGCAGAGUUUUAGAGCUUGCUCAGCUUCUGGAUCAGAUUUGGAGAACUAAAGAUGCAGGACUGGGUGUUUACUCACUGGCGCUGCUAAAUAAUGUCAGUUAUAAUGUGGUGGAGUUUUCUAAAUCACAGGUAGAAUGGAUGAGUGAUAAAUUGAUGAGAUGUUUCGAAGACAAAAGGAAUAACCCAUUUCAGUUUCGCCAUCUUUCAUUAUGCCAUGGUCUUUCUGACUUGGCUCGAGUACCCAGCCCCAAGGUUGUCCUUGCCAGCCAGCCUGACCUGGAGUGUGGAUUUUCAAGAGAUCUCUUUAUUCAGUGGUGUCAGGACCCUAAAAACUCAAUCAUUCUAACUUACAGAACUACUCCUGGGACUUUAGCACGUUUCCUAAUUGAUAAUCCUUCUGAAAAAAUUACAGAAAUAGAGUUGAGGAAACGUGUGAAGCUUGAAGGAAAAGAACUUGAGGAAUACUUGGAAAAAGAGAAACUAAAGAAAGAAGCUGCUAAAAAACUUGAGCAGUCAAAAGAGGCAGACAUAGACUCCAGUGAUGAGAGUGAUGUCGAGGAAGACAUUGACCAGCCAUCGGCUCAUAAGACAAAGCAUGACCUGAUGAUGAAAGGUGAAGGUAGUCGUAAAGGAAGUUUCUUCAAACAGGCAAAAAAGUCUUACCCUAUGUUUCCUGCCCCAGAAGAAAGAAUUAAAUGGGAUGAGUAUGGAGAGAUUAUCAAACCAGAGGAUUUCUUAGUGCCAGAACUUCAAGCUACUGAAGAAGAAAAAAGCAAAUUAGAAUCUGGUUUGACAAAUGGAGAUGAGCCUAUGGAUCAAGAUUUGUCUGAUGUUCCAACUAAGUGUAUUUCUGCAACAGAAUCUAUUGAAAUAAAAGCCAGGGUUACUUACAUAGACUAUGAAGGACGAUCUGAUGGAGAUUCCAUUAAAAAAAUCAUUAAUCAGAUGAAACCCCGUCAGCUGAUAAUUGUCCACGGCCCACCAGAGGCCAGUCAGGAUCUGGCAGAGUGCUGCCGUGCAUUCGGCGGGAAAGACAUUAAAGUAUACAUGCCAAAGCUGCAUGAAACAGUGGAUGCCACCAGUGAGACACACAUCUACCAGGUGAGAUUAAAAGACUCUCUUGUCAGCUCUCUUCAGUUUUGUAAAGCCAAAGAUGCUGAAUUAGCGUGGAUAGAUGGAGUCUUAGACAUGAGAGUUUCCAAAGUGGACACAGGAGUUAUUUUAGAAGAAGGGGAGCUCAAGGAUGAUGGAGAAGACUCAGAAAUGCAAGUGGAUGCUCCUUCAGAUUCCAGCGUGAUCGCGCAGCAGAAGGCCAUGAAGAGUCUGUUUGGAGAUGAUGAGAAAGAAACAGGUGAAGAAAGCGAGAUCAUCCCUACACUGGAGCCUUUGCCACCUCACGAGGUUCCUGGACAUCAGUCAGUUUUUAUGAAUGAACCAAGACUAUCAGACUUCAAACAAGUGCUGUUACGGGAGGGGAUUCAAGCCGAAUUUGUAGGAGGUGUACUUGUCUGCAACAAUCAAGUAGCAGUCCGUAGAACGGAGACUGGACGCAUUGGAUUAGAAGGCUGUCUUUGUCAAGAUUUUUAUAGGAUAAGAGACCUUUUGUAUGAACAGUAUGCCAUCGUGUAAAGGACAUGAUGUCAGGAAGUAUCUGCUUGACCUUUCAAAGAAAAAAGGGUUCUUACUUUACUCUAAGCUUUUGCUCCUUUCUUUUAUAACAUAUAAAAAGAACCUGCCAGAAAAACUGAACAUGUAUUACAUUUUUUUUAAGUGUAAAUAGAAGGCUGGGAAUAUAGCUCAGUGGCAGAGUGCCUGCCGCAUGCAUG